GUAUAAGUUAAAUUUCAACAUCCACCAAUUUUCAUGCAAGUACCUUCCUUUAAUUUCACUUUUGAAGGAGGUGCCCAAUAAAUUUUGCUCCUCAAAACAACCAACUCUCAUCUUCCUCCCACCUAUCUACAUAUAUAAUUGCCACUAGUGGGAUUUGACUUCAACGACAUUUCCAAUAAUCCCAGUAGCUUGUUAAGGCUUUAAUGGUGUUUUACUAACAGAAUAGUGCAGCUUCCGAUUCUUUUCUUGUGUUUAGUUUCUCAGAGACAUGAAAAUCAUCAAACAAAGUUCAACAAUCAAUGUUGCAGAAUUUUGUACUUAGUUUCUCUGAGGAUAAUCUCAGUUGUGCUAUGCAUCUCAAUUAUGAAUAGAAUAAUUUGUAUAAAAAGGAAAACAGCAAAGGCUUUCGAGUCUUCCACUCAUUAUGGUACCUAGUGAUCAUAUGAAGAGAGCUGAGUCAAUAAUGUCCGCCGUGGUGUCCCACUCCAAUAAUUUCUUCCACUCACGUCAUUAUAAGAACCUUCAAUUGGGGGAGCUUCAAAUGAAUAAAAAUAAAAACAAUGACUUUGCUACCAAGUUUCCUUAUAUUAACUUUUCUAUGCAUUUGUUUUGCUGCUGAUCCUUUGGGGGAUUAUUGUAACACCAGCAUAAGCGGCAGUAGCCAGAUAUCAGAUAAUAUUGGUAAGUUGUUGGGUAUACUGGUUCCCAAUGCUUCCGCAACUGGUUAUAUUGCUACUUCCUAUGGUGAAGACCAAAACAAAGUCUAUGGGCUGGCACAAUGCAGGGGAGAUGUCAGCAGUAAAGAUUGUUCAAGUUGUAUCCAAGAUGCUGAGAAGCAAAUUCGCCAACGUUGUCCAGAUGAAGCUGAUGCUAGACUUUGGUAUGACUAUUGCUUUCUACGAUAUAGUGAGGAAAAUUUUACUGAGAAAGUUGACACUGGUUAUCACAUCUUCUACUACAACAUCGAAAAUGUAACCGACCCUGAAAGUUUCAACAGAGAACUGGGAGCUUUAAUGGACAAGAUAAGAUCAGAGGCUGUUGUGCCUGAAAACGAAGGGCUUGGGAAAGGCGAAGCAACACUUUCAUCAUUUCUUACUCUUUAUGCUUUGGUGCAGUGUACAAGAGACCUAGCUCCCAUAGAUUGUGCUCAGUGCCUGGCUAUUGCUGUUGGAAAUUUCCCCAUGUUCUGCAAUAGAAGUAAGGGAUGUCGAGUUCUAUAUAGCAGUUGUUAUGUUCGCUAUGAACUCUAUCCAUUUUUCUUCCCUCUUGAUUCAAGCAAUACCCAACCUGCUAAUUCAAUCAAUGUAAUUGUCUAUCCAUAGGUCAUAGUCUGCCACAUAAAAAUCAGGUUCUUCAAAGAAAAUGAGGCAUGAACUUAAAUAAAUUUCAUUUCAAUCUGUAUUCGCUAUUAACUAUAUUUACAAUAUGUUUUUUCUGCUUGA